AUGACUUCAUUCAUUGAUUAUAAGCGCCAGUAUCCUUGGGCUUGCAAGACCAGGAAAUCUCCACGAGUCGGUCGCGCUCCUGUUUCGAAAACCGUCCAUGAUAUUUUCGGGGUCGCGGAGCACGCGCACGACGAAAAAACUAUAACUUCUUCCUCUUCUGACCAAUUGACCCUUUAUUCGGUACUCCGGCGUGUAUGCCGUCCUAAGAAAUCAAAAUCUCUUCGAGGACGUCGACGCUUCUUCAGCCGAAACAGUCCAGAACCUCGGGAAUUCCUUCCGACUCCAAAUAAUCUCGACGAAAAGACGAGAACAAUGAGAGAAGAUGAAGUGGAGGAGGUCCUUUCUAUACUUGCCAAAAAGCUUCCAGUUGAGCUGGCCUUGGACAUAAUGGGGAUGGCAAUGUAUGUGCACCAUACUAUAAUUGGCAUUAGAGAGGAAACAGCGAUAGCAGGAAGCUUUGAAUCACAAGUCUACCUAACCGCCACGAUCCCAGAGACAAAAAGUGAUAAAGGGAUUAGCAAGCUUGUCUUCAAUAUCAGGAGCAGAGACCAAGGAGGUAGCAGCUACCCCGAAAGCCAUGGCACAUACAAGGCUGGAUGGAGCUGGCUCCAAGUUGAGCUGUGGAGGAAUAAGUCCGAUCAGCAGAUGUCAAAGCCUAUGCUAGCAGCGCUAGCAGACAAGUCCAACAUCAAUGGAAAAUCCUAUAACGGAAAGACUAUUGACCAAGUCUAUGAGGAUUACACCGAUGAAAGCAAGGAUGCUGAUGCUUUCUACUGUUGGCACUAUUAUCAUGGAUACAGUCAACGCAGGGAAGAAGACGCCGAUAAAUACAAAGUUGGUACAUGGAUCUUACAGAGAAACGUCCAUGCUAAACCAGAGUUCACGGACCAUGAGGUUGUCUGGGACUCGAGAAUAGACGAACCCAGUGUUGAGAAGGCGCCAUUGCGGGAAAGGGACUUACGGUACAGGGAUGAAGCAAAGUGGGAUGGUAUUGUAAGAUUUUGGGAGAAUGGUCAUGUCGCGAAUGGUCAAUUUGUCAGGGAGUUAAAACCUGGGGAUGAGAUGAGGGUGGUGAUGAGGGCGAUGUUUCCGGCGUGGCAUUGUAUUGUAGAAAAAUGUAACAUAGAAUGCUGGUGGAACCUGUGA